AUCAGUGUGAAGGUGCCUGAGCGAACCGGAACAAGGUUUGAGAUGAGACCAGGGCACUGCUCGCAGACUGAGACAUCCCGCUGGAAAAUAAUUUCUCACCCAUUUCUCCUCCCAGGCUGUUAGCUGAAGGCACAAUGAUCGGACUGUUAGUGCUGGGGCUUCUGUGCGGAGAGCUCUCUGCAGCCACUCACUCUGUCCGGUAUUUCCACACUGCUGUGUCAUCAGUUCCUGGUUUCCCAGAGUUUGUGAUUGUUGGUUAUGUGGACGGGGUUCAGUUUGUUAAGUACGACAGCGAUUGGAAAGUGUUGAUCCCCCGGAAACAGUGGAUGGUGGAGCUUGAGGGGCCUCAGUUCUGGCAGCGGAAACUAUCCCUCGCUAAGGGGUUGGAGAACCAUUUCAAGCGCUAUGUUCCAAUACUUAUGUCACGGACCAACCAGACGUAGGGGAUCCACACAUACCAGAUGGUGACUGGCUGUGACCUGAGGAAUGAUGGGACUGUGAGGGGGUUCAAUCAAUUUGGAUGGGACGGACAAGAUUUAAUCAGCUUCGAUAAGGAUCACAUGGUGUGGGUGACACCAGUGCCCUGGGCGGAAAGCAUCAAAAACAGGUGGGACCAGUCUGUGGUGGGCAACCAGGAGUGGAAGUAUUUCCUGGAGAAGGAAUGUGUCCAGUGGCUGAGGAAAUACCUGGAUUACGGACAGAGGGAACUGAGAGUCGUUGCCCCCAUUGUGUCCUUUACCCGUCUGGGUGAUUCUAACCAGCUGUCCUGUCUCGUCACUGGAUUUUACCCUCAAGCCAUCGAGGUGACUCUGUGGAGGGAUGGAGUGUUGAUCGAUGAGACCCUGUCCACUGGGAUCUUACCCAAUUAUGACAAGACCUACCAGAUCCGGAAAUGGAUAGAGUUUGAUCCGGAGGAUCAGGCCGAGUAUUCCUGUCGGGUGGAGCACAGUGGGCUGGAGGAGAAGCUGGUGGUGAUUUAUAACCCGAAGUCUCACGCCCAGGUUCCUGUUACUGUUGGGAUUGUAUUUGGAGUCAUCGGGAUCAUCGCUUUCGCUGUUGGGGCUGUCGUCAUUGUUGUCAUUUACAAGAAGAAAGGAGGAGUGAAGAACAACUACAGUCCCACAAACUCUUCUGAUGAAACGAAAUCCUCAGACCGUUCUUCCAUUUCGUGAGUGGCCUCUGAUGUCCUGCUAGAAACUCGAUUUCCAUUGCUGUGAUUGAUCUUCUAAUUAAUUCUAUUGCAAUUUCUGGAGUAAUUUGAAUAGAUGAUCUGGAUUUGAGAAAUAAUAUCAUCUUGCUAAUUGUAGAUUAUUGAGACAACAUCUGACAUGAUACGGAGAGUUUCACAUUCGGAGCAGAUGGGGGCACAGUGGUAAGGUUGCUGCCCUAAGAAUCCAGAAGGCCAGCUUAAUAUUUUGCGGGGGCACAGGUUCAAAUAAUUCUGUGGCAGGUGGUGAAAUGCAAAUUCAGUCAAAUUUAGAAUUAAGAGCUGGUCUAAUGGUGACCACGUAACCAUCACUGAUUGUCACAAAAAGUCAUCUGGUUCACUCAUGCCCUUUAGGGAAAGAAAUCCGUCAUCCUUAUCUGGUCUGGUGUACAUGUCACUGCAGAGCUGGUUAACUCUUAGCUGCCCUCUGGACAAUAAAUGCUGGCAUUGCCGGUAAUGGCCACAUCUCAGGAAAUGACUUUUAAACCUUGACUAUUUUUCCUCAGAAAAAUUUCAUCUCCACAGGACACCACCCAAUGGUCAUGCCACAUGCACCAAUUCUGUCAGUCAGUUCAGCAUAUACACAUGAUCUCUUUGUCAGUCACUCAUCAGUGAGAUCAUCCCAGACUUCAUUUGAAUUUUCCUGCACCUUAAAUACUGAGUGAAGCCUUUUCUACGCUCUUGUUACAGAGACUGAUUGAAGCCAAUUGUUACUUUAUUAUGGUAUACACUGUCAAAUGGCAAUAGACGUCACGAAUUGAUCUCCUGCCUGUGGCAUGCUGUAGUCUCAGACUCUCUGACUUGAGCUAUUUCCUAUUUUCACACUUCGAUCAAUUUAUAAACUUCCUGGUGCAAAGCCUCAUUAAAGCAGGGUAAUCGUGGUCUGCAGCUCUCCUGUCUUGGGUUCAAGGCUCCACGAUUUUUUCUGUUCCUCUCUCUCUGACUCAGAGAUUGUGUUAAGCUGGUUAUGGAGCAUAGAGUCAUACAGAACAGAAACAUGCCGAACAUAAUCCCAAACUAAACUAGUCCCACCUGCCUGCACUUGGUCCAUAUCCCUCCAAAUAUUUCUCAUUCAUGUACUUAUCCAAAUAUAAAUGUGGUAACUGUAGCCAUAUCCACCACUUCCUUUGGAAUUUCACUCCACACAUGGACCACUCGCUGUGUAAAAAAGUUGCACCUCAUGUCUUUUUAAAAUAUUUCUCCUCUCACCCUAAAAAUAUAGCCCCCAGUCUUGACAUCUCCCACACAAAUGGAUCUUGUAGCUACUCCGAGAUUGCAGGCAUUCUCGAUUUAUGUCGAGAAAUCUUAGAAUUAUUACAUUUCAGUAGUAUAAGAUUUGUAUGUUGAUUCAUUUUUGAUUCUUUUAUUAGUAAAGCAAAAGAAAGUGAUUUUUUUUAAAAUGGAGUUGUGUUAAUGGAAUUUAAAGGCCUACUCAUGUCUUACAUCUAGAUUUCUUAAAGUUAUUACAUUUUUUUUUGUGUUUAUCGUUUUGUUCUCACACUGCAGGCUGUCUGCUUUCACAGUCAGCCCCAAGUCCUGCCAAAGUUUGCACUCCUGACCAUUUAGGUUUAUCUAUUCAGGAUAUUUGAUUUAUCCUUUCAAUGUAGAAUCCAUUACAGUAAUGUUGUCUUUGCUGAAGCUGCAAAAAUAAAAGAAUUUUUUUUUCCA